AUGCCUUUGGACCAUGUAUCACAACAGCACCCUGAUGUAGGGUCCGUUCUCGCUCGUCAUCAAACCAUAGACGACGCAGGCACUCUCGCUAGCAUCGAUCGUCCUCCAUCUGAACAUCCACCUGCCAAGAUCUAUCAUCCCCUAUCAAUCCAUGUGCUAGCCCUCCUCAUGCCUGCGUCAAUAUUUGGAGUCCUCGCACGGCUUGGCCUGCAAGCGCUCGCAACGUACAAUGGGGAAAGUAUUUUCCCGUUGGCUUACGUCCAGGCCACGGGGUGCUUUAUCAUGGGCGUUGGAUUAAGAAUGAAAGUACCAUUUGGUAAUUUCUAUGGUCCGUUAUACACGGCCUUGACCACUGGGUUCUGUGGAUCAUUAACAACAUUUUCUGGGUGGCAGGUGGAUAUCUUUGAUUCGUGGGUGAAUAGUGGUCAGUUCUACAGAGGCGGGCUUCGAGAUUUCAUGGACGGUUUGACGAAGACUUGGGUCACCCUCGUGUUGUCGCUGGCGUCAUUGAAUUUUGGAGUAUAUGUCUGUGGAGUAGCUCAGCCGUACUUUCCGGCCCCUCGACCGCCAAGCAAGACUGUCCGAUACACGCUUACCAUCCUUGCGAUCCUCACAUACGCAGCGACCCUUCCAACGUACUUCUUUUUGCCACACAAUUUCCGCCACCAAGCGACCGCUGCUCUCCUAUUUUCCUUCCCUGGCACAUUAACUCGGUAUCUUCUGUCCAUAAAUUUGAAUCCCCGCUUGAAGACUAUGCCUCUUGGGACUCUUACGGCGAACUCACUUGGGACCGCUCUCCUAGGUUUUUUCCAUGUACUCCAAGGCUUGCCAUCUGCAGUUUCCCCAGAGACUUGCUCGUUGCUUCAGGGUUUAGGAGAUGGGUAUUGCGGUUGUCUAACAACAAUCAGCACCUUUGCUGCGGAGAUUGGCACAUUGCCAGGAUGGAAGGCUGUUUCAUAUACCGUCACCAGUUGGAUCACUGGGCAAUUAUUGUUGCUGGUUAUUAUGGGAUCUUCAUUUUGGGGUGGCCAUGUCAAAGAACAGAUGACAUGCAGUUUCCAGACGUCGUGA